GGCUGGAACGUGGGACACAAGACUUGCAAGGUAUCCCAUGUCUCAGAAGGUUUAGCAGUAGUCAUUUGGGAAAGGUCUGUGCUUGAACAUCUAAAGCAACAGGUCCGAGUGAUGGUGGAUUUGUGUAACAGCACAAAAGGGAUAUGUUUAACAGGCCCACCAGGACCCCCAGGGCCUCCUGGGCUGCCUGGCUACAAUGGAUCAGACGGAAUCCCAGGAACUCCAGGACAAAAGGGAGAGCCAGGAGUAAAUGGAAAAAGAGGAAAAAUAGGUUUGCCAGGACCAAAAGGUGAUCAAGGACAGAAAGGAGAACCGGGAGAAAUGGGUUUACCUGGCAAGGAUGGUAUCCCAGGAGGAAAAGGUACAAGAGGAUCCAAGAGAAAAAAGGGGGAUGCAAACAAUGAUGUGGUAUUAGAAGGUGCAAAAGGUGAGCCUGGACCACCUGGGCCCCCUGGACCUCCUGGACCCCCAGGGCCUCCACAUAAACGUAAAGGUAAAGCCAAAGUGGAGCUUGAGGAGAACAUCUACAGCAGCAAAUGCACAGAUGAGGUAUGUGAUGUACCAAAUGAUGACACCCUCGCUGGAAAGGCUGAAGACAGAACCCCAGGUCCUUCAAAAAAAGCUGAAUGUGUCAUAACGUCUGUAGGAAGUCCUAUUCGCUUUGUCAGCGUACAGCAAACGUUUGGAACUUGGAUGAGGGAACCUGCAAACAUAAGUGAUGAAAGGAUUUGGCUCACCAUGCAUUUUUCAGGAAACUAUAUAAAAGAGUAUGAAAAUUCCAAUGCCUUGCUGAAUAACAGCUACAGGAUCAUUAACAUCACAGGAUUUUUCUAUGGAUGUGGUCAUGCAGUACAAAACAAUCAUCUCUACUAUCAUGAGGGAGGAACCAAUUCUAUUCGGAAAUUUGGGCUCGAUAAAGACUCGCUGCACACCCUGCACAUCAAAAAAGCCUUACACCAGGGCCGGAACUACCUCUUCUCUAACUCCAAGACAUAUUUCAACAUAGCAGUGGAUGAGAAGGGUCUUUGGAUUAUAUAUGCCUCAAGCACUGAUGAAAAUAUAAUGGUAGCAAACGUUGAUGAAGAAAGGUUCUCAGUCAAUUGGCACAUCAAUACCACCUAUCCUAAGUCCAAGGCUGGUAAUGCAUUCAUAGCAUGUGGCAUUCUGUAUGUUACUGACACUAAGGACAUGACAGUAAGUUUUGCUUUUGAUUUACUGAAAGGGAAGCAGAUUGAUGCAAGGUUUAAGUUACGGUCUUCACAGUCUGUUCUUGCUAUGCUUUCGUACAGUCUGCGAGACAAGAAUUUGUACACGUGGGAGAAUGGAAGCUUAAUGGUAUACCCAGUCCAUUUUGGCAGAUGAAUAUAUUUUCACAUGCCACCUUUGACUAAAGGAUCUAUUUAAAGCUCUAUGAUAUACACAUGGGGGGGUCUCUUCACUUGUAUAAUUUUCUGAUUGCUGAUGGUGGUUUGUGAGUGUGCAUGAAAGGGAGAUCAGGUGCCUUUGUAUAAACACACUUCAAUUACAUAGGCCAUCCUCAUAUUUUUAAAAAAUUGUUGUUCACUAUUGCAGAUGGCAUACUGCAUACACAUAGUUUUGUUUUUCCCAUUACCCAGCUGAUAAUUGUGUAUAAUGUACAUUGAUUAUUCCUUGGUCGUGUGCUCAGAAGAGACUAUUUGUAACUUUUAUUUACAAUCAUCUUCACUGCAAUUAUUUUCUAGUCAGUGAUGAUGGUCUAAUAUAAACAUCUAAAUAAUGAACUCUUGUGUACAAAUACCUUUGUCACUUUCAUUUAAUUUCCAUUGAUUCUGUGUGACCAUUUUUCUGGACAAAGGUUUAAAGCUGUUAAAAUAAUGGUAAUGAAAAUACUUGUUUAAAUAGCAAAAAAAGCAGAAAGCUUAAAAUUUGACAAGUCAAAUCAAGUGUUAAUAAUCAAAAGCAAAAUCCAGCUAAAGAAAAAUGGGAAUAAUGACAUUAAAUACUGAAUAGACAUGAAUUGUGUUUCUUUAAAAUUAAAGACAUAACCUUUAUGAUUAAAAUUUCAUUUGUAACAAAA